CGGUGCCUCAGAAUCCAGUGGAUUGAUGGAUGUUCUGGAGCUCUUGCUGGGCUCGGCAGCCCUGGUUGCCUGCACAGUGCUGCUCUGUGAGUUGCUUCGCUGGGCAUGCCACCGGAGUCUGCCUCCAGGUCUGGGGCUAGAGCUGGCCUUGGAAGUGGUGUCCACUGUGCAGCUGUGCUGCUGUACCCUGGAGAUGGGUCUGCUCUGCGCAAAGGCAGAUUUGGACCUCUGGCUGGUACUAGCUCUGAUCUACCUGCUGACUGUGCUGCAUUGUAUGACUUUCCAAACAGCCACUUGUAACCCCUGUGGUAGUGUAAAUCAGUGGCUGCGGGGCCUGGCGCCGGGGUCACACACUCUCCUGAAGGUGAUGGUGCAGUUUGCAGGCGCUGGACUCUCUCGGGUGCUCAUGCCCCACCUCUGGUCAUUGGGACUGUCACCGCUGCACCAGCUGAACAAGGACUGCAUGAGCCCCCUGCAAGUAUCCCCUCUGUCUGGGGCCUUAGUGGAGAUGACCUGUGCUCUGAGCAUGUUCCUGAUUCUGUACCCUCUUCCCAGGGUCAGUGCUCCUCUGCAGCCUCAUAUGGCGGCUCUGACCAUCACUGGAAUUGCCUAUGCAGGUGGACCGCUGACAGGAGCCAUGUUCAACCCUGUGCUGGCCUUCGCAGUGGUGUUCUUGUGCCAUGGUCACAGCUACCUGCAGUAUAUUAUCGUCUAUUGGAUCGGACCUCUUAUUGGUAUGGUGCUAUCUUUCCUACUAUUGGAGUUCAUACUUCCAAAGCUCAAUCCCACAAGAGGACCUCGGAGCCGCGUGAAGAAGGACUAA